CUACUUCCCACCAUCCUUUGCGUUCUGAAGACUGGCUACGUCAGUCCUGCGACAAAAUCUGACGCUAAUAAAAACACUGACUGACAACACGACAAUGGAAACGGAGCAACCAAAGAACGAUAAUGCUUCAGACACACCUGCGACGUCUCAGUCCAAAAAGCCAAGCCAGGCUCUUUAUGUGCCAAAGAAACGAGUCAACGCACCGAAAGAGAAACCUCACAUCGAGGGAGAGGUAAAACCAAGACCCAGGCCUCGCUACACGGACAAGGCUCGCAAGAAUGUCAAAAACAAGAAAAACAAGGCAGCCGGAGGAGGAGAUGAGAAAGAGCCUGUUGGAGUGCAUGGAGUGGAGAUGCAGACUGGUCAUGGCCGCACUAAUUCUGCUGUUGAGGUUGAGCUGCUGCAGGGGCCAGAGGAGACGACCAAUGGACAGCUUGAAUCGGCUGAUGUUACCAAUGCAUCAUUUCAUGACGAAAAGGAACAAGAAGACAGUUGGGACACCUUAUUUAACGAUGAUGGAGAUUGUCUCAAUCAGCGAUUGCUUGAAGAGCUGUCUUUGAGUGAAGGUGGAAAGAAGACGUCAAUCCAGGACGCCAGAUUUGAUUACUACAACAUGCAGCGGUUUGAUGAUGACGACAUGGACCAGAGUGAGGAUGACCUUUCUCACAUGAUCGAGAUCUACGAUAUUCCCCCCGAGUUUAAAACAGAGGAUCUUCUCAAGUUAUUUCAGGGAUACCAACAGAGAGGCUUUGAUAUCAAGUGGAUUGAUGACUCACACGCUCUCGGUCUCUUUUCAAGCCCAACUGUUGCUCGUGAGGCAUUAAGAUCCAAACAUCCACUGAUGAAGGUGCGACCACUCUCCAAAUCCACUUCAGAGACGAAGGCCACCGCUCGUAGCUUCUCUGAGUCCCCCCUGAUUGCUAAGGAGAGACCUCAGACCAGUGCAGCUCUGGCUCGCAGGCUUGUGAUCGGCGCCCUUGGUGUGAAAAGCAACGUAACAAAGGAGCAGCGGGAGGCAGAGAAGAGGAAGCUCCAGGAGGCCCGAGAACAAAAGCGCCUGGCAGCCAAACAGAGGGAAGAUGCUUGGGAGGGAAGGUGAUUGGGGAGACAGCUUCUCCGCAUUGAUUCGCUUGACUCCUUUCAGGCCACGCCUGGAGACUUGAAGUCCCAAGAUUAUCCAAGUGUGCAGCGUUACAUCACUCAAGUUUGAAGACUCAUCAUGUUUUUUCUUUUUUUUUUUUUUUUUUAUACAUGUAUGCAGGGGCGGAUGCUAGCCUGAGGUUACCUUACCUCAACAUUUGCCUGUACUCUUGAUUUUUCAAAGGCCCAUUAAUUCACCGAAAGCUAUUGGAAACAAUGUGUCUCAAGCAUCCACUGAUGAUUUUCUGUAAAAUGAAAUCUUUUGCCACAUGCACAUGCAAUUUAGAUGAUCGGACAUAAUGUUAUAAUCUAUUUACUAUUGUAGUACAAUUGUAAAGAAACAAUUUUAAAAAGUGAAAGUUUUAUUGUUUUUUUUAACUUAAGUUGCAAUGAAUGUAUUUCAAAAUAUGUCAGAUUUCUUGUGUGAUAAGAUGGUCGUCAUCACUGUCAAAUUCAGUGUAUGCGUGUCAUUGUCCAUUCGCGUAAAUACUCUACUCUGUAUUUUCUCUAAGCUCGUCUGCUCUGUGGUUUGAAUGCUGUAUGGUAUAUUUUUAGUUUAAAAUGAGAGAGUAAUGGUAGUCAUGUCAUGUAUAUAAUCUCUUGUAUGAGGAACCUCCCAUUGACUCUUGUGAGUCACUUGAGGUGAACGUUUUCUGACAGUCAUGUGGAAAUAUACUGAAGGGAAUAAGACCAUGACUGAUCUUUAUUUCCUGAAAAAUUGAUCUGUGAUUUAGUAUCCGUUGAGUCUGGGCUGGUGUUUGUUCAUGAAAAUUAACCAAUCUGAAGUCUAAGGUGUUUCACGAGGAAGUUAAAAAAAAAAAGACCUUCACCUACAACCACAGAAGCUUUUCAAAUAACUCAACUCUUAAGCUGGAUUCAGCAAAAUAGAAGGAAGAGUUGCUUAUGUGUUGCUUGUUUUCAUCUUAAAAAAAAAAACACCUUCAAAAAAAUUAUUUUAGCUUUGCUAACAUCUGUGAUGCAAAAUACAAUAAGUAGUUGGUCAAUUAAAACGUUAGCACUUUAAAGCUAAACAUUUGAAAGGUGAUCAUGCACCUUCAAAUAACAUUUACUUGUCUGAUCCAUUCUGCUCUCUCGCAGACUGAAUGUCACACUGUAGAUGCCACAUUGCUCAAUGAACUUUGUGCACUGGAUGCUGUUUCACAUAAACUCAACACUUGCACAUUCAAUGUGGGUUUUCUCAGGACUCUGUUGUUCCCAAAGCGGAAGACAAAAACAUUUUAUGAAAGCUAAGUACAGUCUGCUGAAUUGGCACAAAAAGAUUUGAUGCAUGGCACCCUGCCACUUAUUUCAGCUGAUAUAACUGUUUUGAAAGUCGUGGCCUGACUUGA